AUGGACAUUGAUAUUCAGAUUCAUCACUCAAUACAGCUGAUGGAGACGUGGGCACCGGGGGGUGGAAUGUUCGCCAUGCAGGAGAACCGCUGUAGUGGGUUUAAAUUGUAUAAUUUUAUUGACUUGACCUCCACGCAUAUGGAUCUUUUAUCAGUCCUCCCGGACUUCCAUACCAAACCGUAUGCGCACAUACUCCCACCUUUGGAGAGAAGCAAGAUAAGCACGGUUGAUCUCAUAACUCUCGAUACGCUUGAGAUCGCGAAACGCGCCCACGUGCCUCCAGCCGAUGUUCGUCGGUUGUGCGCCAGCAUCACCAAGGCGCUCCACCAUGAUAUCGGGUUCGAACACAUCGAGGAGUCUGCGUCUGCCGAACCGAGCUCCAGUAUCAACGAUGACCCGCCGAUUACCCUGGGGCCCACGACAAAGCUAGACUUGUCGCAGUGGAGCGCGAUCAGCACUCUCGACACCGCAUUAGAUGAGCUGCUGGGCGGCGGAAUACCAACUGGCUAUGUGACGGAGGUGACUGGCGAGAGUGGGAGUGGUAAGACACAAUUUCUCCUCUCUCUGUUGCUGGCCGUCCAGCUUCCUUCACCCAAGGGCUUGGGGAAGAAUGCCGUCUACAUUUCUACAGAGGCUCCCUUGUCGACACCGCGACUCUCCCAGCUCAUCAAUUCCAACCCGUACCUCUCGACCCUGCCUCGGGAUCGUGCCCCGACGUUGGAGAAUAUCCUAUCCAUCAAUGCCAUGGACCUCGAGUCUCAAGACCACAUUCUCAACUAUCAACUCCCCGUCGCGAUUCAACGCUACAACGUCGGACUCGUUGUCAUCGAUUCCAUAACCUCCAACUACAGAGCGGAACAUACCUCCCACAAUAUCCUAGGUCUAUCGACUCGGUCGGGGGAACUCACGAAACUAGGACAAAUGCUACGCAAUCUCGCGGUACAAGAGGACAUUGCAAUCGUAGUCGCGAACCAAGUCUCCGAUCGAUUCGACGCCAUGGACAAUCCAUCAGUAUUCCCAAGGAUAGGAGGUGGUGCAGGAAACGGAUCCCCGUCUACUCAACCCCAACAAAUCCCAUCCGCCCGCGAAUCAGGCACUGCAUCCCCCUUACCAAGGGUCCGGGCAACCGAGUCCGGCAACGUCGAACUAUCCCAAUAUAACGCUAUGCUUCCAUCUUCUCCCUCCCAUUUCCCAUCUUCACCGUAUACCACCGAAGAAGACCCGCAACGGCAACAUUUCGACGGCUCAUACCUGGUGGGGAAUCCGGUGCGCAGUGAGAUCCUCAGCCUGCUACAUCAACAACGGUUUUUUACCGGAUGGGGCGACUCGCCGCAGUCAUUCCUCCCAAGUUCAUAUCCAGGUUUCCAGAGACCGGCGGAGAAAACACCAGCCCUCGGUCUUGUCUGGUCGACGCAAAUCGCGUGUCGAAUCGCCUUGAAGAAAGAGCGGCAAACGGCCAUGGAUCCGCUUCUCCCGGGGAGUACCCCUAUCCCAUCAACAGCGAAACUACUACCGGAACCGGAGGUACCUGGUUCCCUCGGCGAGCGAGAAAAGCCGGAACCAGAUCCCCCCACAGAGACUGUCACAGAAGGGAAAGAUGCAGAAGCCAAGGCUAGUUCCGAGACUGUUCCUGUCCCUGCUCCAAUCUCUGAGAAUAAACCGAGUAACUCACAGCUACCACCGCCCUCGUCUCAGACACCCGAGCGCCUUGUCCGGCGCACUAUGAAACUCGUCUUUGCACCCUGGACCGCAGGGUCUGUAAACGAGCAAAACCAAAUCCAAGACGAGGUCAGCUUUACGAUCUGGAAGGGAGGUUUGAAGAGCUGUGAAUAG